AUGUUCGCUGCUUCUCUUCGUUCCGUCACUCGCAAUGGCCCUUCGGCGGCCCGCAGCUUCAGCUCGACCGCUGCUACGAGCGCUGCCGAGGUUAAAUCGCUGGGUGUGAUCGGUGCUGGCCAGAUGGGUCUGGGAAUUGCUCUCGUUGCUGCACAGAAGGCUGGAGUGCCCGUUACUCUGGUCGAUACGUCACAAGCCUCGUUGGACAAGGGUCUCAAGUUCGCUGACAAGCUUCUCGAGAAGGAUGUCGCCAAGCAGCGCAUCACCCGAGAAGCCGCCGAUGCAGCUCGUGCCCUGCUUACCCCCACCGUGAAGAUGGAGGACCUUUCCUCGGUAGACUUUGUCAUUGAGGCCGUCCCCGAGAUCCCCGAUCUCAAGCAAUCCAUCUUCAAGAACCUUGCUCAGAUUGCGCCCAAGCACGCUAUUCUGGCCACUAACACCUCGUCUAUCCCCAUCACCAAGAUUGCCGCGGCCACCACUACAGACCCAACGGACCUGCAGGCUCCAUCUCGGGUGAUCUCGACCCACUUCAUGAACCCCGUCCCCAUUCAAAAGGGUGUGGAGAUUAUCCGUGGUCUGCAGACCUCGCAAGAGACCAUGGAUACUGCCAUUGCUUUUGUCGAGCGCAUGGGCAAGGUGGCCUCGGUGUCUGCCGACUCUCCUGGCUUCCUGGCCAACCGCAUUCUCAUGCCGUAUAUCAACGAGGCUGUCAUUUGCCUUGAGACUGGUGUCGGUGGCCGUGAGGAUAUUGACAAUAUCAUGAAGAAUGGUACCAAUGUCCCCAUGGGUCCCUUGACCCUGGCGGAUUUCAUUGGCCUCGAUACUUGCCUGGCUAUCAUGAAUGUACUCCACCAGGAGACUGGUGACAGCAAGUACAGACCCGCCGGUCUUCUCCGUCGCAUGGUGGAUGCUGGCUGGAUGGGCAAGAAGACCGGCAAGGGCUUCUACGAUUAUUGA